CGCGUAGUGGGCGGGACGAAGAGUGCGUGACUCUUUGUCCCCCUUCCAAGAUGGCUGCGUCCAUGGUGCGGCGCUUGUGGCCUCUGGUGGCUAGUCGGGGCCUGCGGCUCCGGGGAGGCUGUGCCUGCAACCAGAGCCCAAGGAGAAGCUUCGCUAUGGAGAGGCGAGACAGGAACCUCCUGUACGAGCACGCACGUGAAGGCUACAGCGCGCUCCCUCAGCUGGACAUGGAGCCGCUGUGCGCAUACCCGGAAGAGGCGGCGCGCGCCUUGGAUCUCCGCAAGGGGGAGCUGCGAUCUGACGACCUGCCGGCGAUCAUCUCAACGUGGCAGGAGCUGAGGCAGCUGCAGGAGCAGAUCCAGAGCCUGGAAGAGGAGAAGAGGGCUGUGGCUGAGGCAGUGCGGGCCCUGGUGGUCACCCAGGACAACGAUCAGGUACAGCAGGUACAGCUGAAUCCAGGUCCUGGCUCCAUAUUUGGUUCUACUUCCUUUUUAUUCCCAGACCAGCUUUCUCCCCUUGGAAGAAAGGGAGGCAGGGAGGCCCAGCUCGAGGAGUGGUUCUACCUGCGGGCACUGAGGCUGCCCAACCAGACCCACCCAGACGUGCCUGUCGGGGACGAGAGCCAGGCCCGAGUGCUCCACGUGGUCGGAGACAAGCCAGCUUUCUCCUUCCAGCCCCGCGGCCACCUGCAAUUAGCAGAGAACCUCGACAUCAUCCGUCAGAAGCGCCUGUCCCACGUGUCUGGCCACCGCUCCUAUUACCUGCGCGGGGCCGGGGCGCUCCUGCAGCACGGCCUGGUCAACUUCACACUCCAGAAGCUCAUCCACCGGGGCUUCACCCCCAUGACGGUGCCAGACCUCCUCCGAGGAGCCGUGUUUGAAGGCUGUGGGAUGACACCAAAUGCCAACCCCUCCCAAAUUUACAACAUCGACCCCUCACGCUUUGAAGACCUCAACCUGGCCGGGACGGCAGAGGUGGGACUUGCGGGUUACUUCAUGGACCACUCGGUGGCCUUCAGGGACCUGCCAAUCAGGAUGGUUUGUUCCAGUACCUGCUACCGGGCGGAAACAGACACAGGGAAAGAGCCGCGGGGGCUCUAUCGAGUGCACCACUUCACCAAGGUGGAGAUGUUUGGGGUGACAGGCCCUGGGCUGGAGCAGAGCUCGCAGCUGCUGGAGGAGUUCCUGUCCCUUCAGAUGGAGAUCUUGACAGAGCUGGGCUUGCACUUCCGGGUCCUGGACAUGCCCACGCAGGAGCUGGGCCUGUCCGCCUACCGCAAGUUUGACAUCGAGGCCUGGAUGCCAGGCCGCGGCCGCUUUGGCGAGGUCACCAGUGCCUCCAACUGCACGGACUUCCAGAGCCGCCGCCUCCACAUCAUGUUCCAGACGGAGGCCGGGGAGCUGCAGUUCGCCCACACAGUGAACGCCACAGCCUGUGCCGUCCCCCGCCUCCUCAUCGCCCUCCUGGAGAGCAAUCAGCAGAAGGACGGCUCGGUGCUCGUGCCCCCUGCCCUUCAGCCCUACCUCGGCACCGAUCGGAUCACCGCCCCCACCCACGUGCCUCUCCAGUACAUCGGCCCCAACCAGCCGCAGAGGACCAGGCCCCAGGGCCAGGCUGCCUCGGGCUGAAGACUCACCCUCAUUGGCCAGUAGGACUGUCACUGCCUCCUGGAGCUUGGGGUCCCUAGGACCUGUGCCCUGAGCCCAUCCGGACACCUGCCUUCCUCGUGUCUGCUCCCCACCUGGGCGCACCUGCUUUCUCGGGCUCAGUCAGUGCCCCUUGUCACUGGCGUCCCAGCCUGCACCAGGCAGCAGGACAUCUGGGGACUUGGAGUUUCUAGGGACGGGGACGCAGAGAGGGAGGUGCCUCCAUCCCUCCUUCCUCCUUCCUGCCCUCAGUGCUUAAGAGUCAGUCCCCCAAUAAAUGGUCAGAACAGAG